AUGUUAUCUUCAAGCAUAGCAUUGAUAGGCUUAUAAAAACUAUUUUGUCUAAGACGAGUCACUUUAACUGAUGACUCUUCAAUAAGAAUAUUUUCCAAAAUGCAGCGUUUCAAUUUUCAAAAGAAGCGCAUGUACAGUCUCUCACGGCAUUGAGAGGGCUUGGAGGUGGAGCUCUGAACACCGCGAGGUGAGAUGGGAAGGAGUGUUUGAAGCAUCGCCAGCUUCCAUACGGUCAACCGCUUCAUCCGGGUAUUUCUGUUCCCCCUUUGGCCUACUACGUUGGCGUUGUUCCUUACCGCUAGCCUAUUCUCUUCUAUUCCGGCCCAUCGCCUUCCAGGGUGGGCCCGCCUGCUUUCCUGAGCUUCGUAAAGUUCCACUUUUCUCUGAUCCAGACCAGCCACAGCAAACGGCGUUCAGAAUGUCUGGCCGAGAAAGCAGCACAGACAGCGUACCAGACUUUAGACACGGAAGCCUGAUCGUCAGUCAUGAGGCAAGGUCUGGAGCGGAGGCGGGGAUAGAUACAACCUUAGAUCUUGAAAUGGAGGCCCCAGAACUGAAUUUGGGUUUGACCAGAGAUGAUGGCAGAAAUAUGGAUGAUGGUGUCCCCAGCCGUGUUAGUGCAGAAAGUGACGACCCAGACCAAGAAAGUUCAAAUGAAAACACCAGUUUUAACAGCGGGAGGGACUUGGGCGGGCAUUUCAUCAUCAAUAUGAAAGGUCCUGCCCAUCACCACUUAGAGAAACAGAAGGAGGAAUCGGAGGAAGAGGAGGAAGAAGAGGAGGAAGAAAUUCCUUACCCAAGUGCACAGUGCAGUGAGGCUAUCCAUAAGCAGUGUCAAUCAAAUGAUGACGGGUCCCUAGAGGACUUGAUGUCCUGGGAGACAUCUUCUCUACCCCGACCUCCCUGGCAGAUCCUUACUGCUCUUCAUCAGCGACAGCUGGGUUCAAGUCCCCACUUUGUGUAUGAGGCCUGUGGGGCAAGAGCCUUUGUGCAGCGUUUAUGCCUACAGUAUGGUCUUGAAGGCCAUCUUGGCUGUGUCAAUACCGUGCACUUUAACCAUCGUGGCACCUGGCUGGCCAGUAGCAGUGAUGAUCUGAGAGUAAUAGUGUGGGACUGGAUGAAGCAGCAACCGGUCCUGGAGUUUGAGAGUGGUCACAGAAAUAAUGUCUUUCAGGCUAAGUUCCUUCCUAACUGCUCAGAUUCGAUCAUUGCCACAUGUGCUCGUGAUGGGCAGGUGAGGGUGGCAACAUUAUAUACUGCACCAAGCCUCCAGAAUACUAAGUGUGUGGCCCAGCACGGAGGAGCCUCCCACAAGUUGGCUCUGGAUCCAGACUCUCCCUUUAAGUUCUUAACAUCAGGUGAAGAUGCAGUUGUCUUCACCAUUGACCUCAGACAAGACCAACCAGCUUCAAAAGUGGUGGUAACAAAAGACAGGGAGAACAAAGUGGGUCUGUACACAAUCCAUAUGAAUCCCACUAAUACCUAUGAGUUUGCAGUGGGUGGACAAGAUGAGUUUGUAAGGAUUUAUGACCAGAGGAAAAUUGAUGAGAAUCAGAAUGAUGGAAUACUUAAGAAAUUCUGUCCUCAUCACCUCAUUGACUAUGAUUCCAGGACAAGUAUCACCUGCCUUGUGUAUAGCCAUGAUGCCACAGAGCUCCUGGCCAGCUACAAUGAUGAAGAUAUUUACCUCUUCAAUCCCUCUCACAGUGAUGGCGCUCAAUAUAUUAAGAGAUAUAAAGGGCACAGAAAUAUUGCCACAGUAAAAGGUGUGAAUUUCUAUGGCCCCAAGAGUGAGUUUGUGGUGAGCGGUAGUGAUUGUGGACACAUUUUCCUCUGGGACAAAUCAUCUUGUCAGAUCAUUCAGUUCAUGGAAGGGGACAAGGAAGGGAUAGUAAACUGUCUUGAAUCUCACCCUUACCUUCCUGUGAUGGCAACCAGUGGCCUCGAUCAUGAUGCCAAGAUCUGGGCACCCACAGCUAAAACUUGCACUAAGCUUACUGGGCUGAAGAAUGUGAUCAAGCAGAACAAGCAGGAACGAGUUGAAGAUAGCUUACACCACAGUGGCCUAUUAGAUAGCUACAUGCUUCGGUUACUUGUGAAUCGCCUGACACAGAGAGAUGGUCACCAGCGCUCAAGAAGUCCUGUAUUUGAGGUCACAGAUGCAGACUUGACUGAGUCUUCCAGCACCUCAGAGACAUCUGAAGAUGAGGAGAACCAAGGUGAAGUACAGCACCCACCAUUCUGAAGUUCUCAUAUCCACUCCAGCUAGAUGCUACCUUAGUAGACAAGACUUUAAAAUUCAGCUUGGCUAAUGUCUUCUAUUUUUCAAAACAUGUCAAAAAUAUCUCAUCUCCUUCCUCUGUCUUACUAGUUUCCUUCCACACAUUCCUCCUCUACUCUUUCUUUACUCUUCUUUCUUUCCUCAUUAUCUCUAUGUGAAUGUCUAAGAAAUUUAUACCUCUUACACCUCUUUUCCUUUGUGCACUUAUAGUUCACCUCUAAAGUUUCUUAACUCCGGUUAAAAAAUAGCUUUAUUAGGUUUGUUUAUUACUUUAGUUAUCUAUUCUGAAGGGCAAAUGUUUUCAGAAAUGUGUUUAUUCUUUAGAAGAAAGGUAAAUUCAAACUGUGGUUUUAUUCCUUGAAUGCUGACACUUGGCCCCCUCCACACAUGCAUGGUUUCAGGUAUGGAGACAUGCACAUGCUCUCACAGAUAAGGAAAAGUGAAGAAAAGGUGGGUAGAUAAAUGCAUAGUGAGAUAAUUCAUUCCUUUAGAAUAACUAACUUGGGGUUAUCCACAUUUCCUGAAUACAUGGUUAAUAAUAUUAAUUAAUUUGAGUACAUUUAAGCUGUUAUGAAUUAAAUUUAAUCAUAUGACAUUGUCACUUUGCAGUUUCAAUUUUCUUAAAGUUUCAUAGUUGAUAACACUCAAAGGAUUAUCUUUCAGGUAGUCCUCUUGGAAUGACCAUCUCCUAUAAGAUGCCAGCCAGGAAUAUAAGA